AUGCCUCUCGGGAUACUCACUUCGAUCGCGGCGUGCCCUGCCAUCAUCGGCACCACCGAAGCCGUUCGGCAAGGCCAGAAACAAAACGCGAAAGAAGCGCACCGAGGCCGGAAGGCCAACCUCUACGUAACAUGCAACGACCCCUCGCGGAAGAGCCGCGAUAUCCACGGCGGCACAGUCGUCUUGCGCAAUAACAAACUCUACGUCACAAACGUGAAUCCCAAGUCCAAAUUCCUGCCCAAGAACGGCAGCGACACGGUCGCGUCGCAGGGUCACCAGCUGGCAGGCUAUUUCUUCGGGUACCCCGGCAGCAGCUGGGGGCGCAAGGGCGAGGGCUACGUCUCGACCGUCGCGGACGACCCGCCGCAGCUGAACUGGAUCUACGUGGACCGCGACACCUACGAGAUCAAGUACGGGCUGAAGGUCGACGCCGAGGGGAACUACACCGGGCCGUGGAACGUCACGCCCAUCGACCGGCGGCUGACCUUUGAUGGCUGGGAGGGCUUCACCGUCGUGGAAGAGGAGGCGGGCGUCUGGGCGCUGUACUUCGACGUCGACGACGACGGGCUGGAGGGGAAGGUACCGCUGACGCGGAGGAUCAUGGAGGUGGAGCUGACGAGGAAGGAGCUGCGGAUGCAGAAGGGGGAUAGUAUCCUGAAAUGA